AUGGCAGAACUCCCUACACGACUCAAUGGCCUCCGUCCGACCAUUGAAGAAUUGAUGCGCAUUGGCGGAACUCCAGGGCUCUCGCUCGCAGUCAUAUCGAAGGGAGAACCGGUCUACGAGACAAGCUUGGGCGCCCGAGAUGCAGAGGCCGGUCUACCUGUCACUAAUGAAACGAUCUUUCCUAUUUGUUCGUUGACUAAGGGAUUAAAUGCUUCCGCGAUGGCGAUUCUUGUGGACGAGGGUAAACUCACCUGGGACACACUGGUCAAGGACGUUCUUCCAUCGUUCAAUUCCAGAGAUGAGACGAUGCAGAAUCAUUUAACUAUUACGGAUAUCCUAUCUCAUCGAUCAGGCAUGGCCUGGGCCAGUAAUUUGGUCAUCGGGACCGAGAACAACAUUCUCAUUUCAGGAAAGGAUGGACUCAAAUACAUCAAUUCACAGCCGCGCCUUCUUCCGUUCCGGACAAGAAUGUCCUAUAACAAUCUUACAUAUAACCUUGCUGGCUAUGUCAUCGAGGAAGUAAGUGGCGUUUCAUGGUUUGAGUUUGUCCAGAGCCGCAUUCUUGAUCCUCUCGGCCUAGAUCGAACCUAUCUUAAGCCUCCACCAUCGGGUAUCACAAAUGUCGCUCAGUGCUACAAUGCACUUGACGAUGGCUCUACCGUCCCAAUUCCUGGCCCUAAGGCAGGCCAAGAUUGGUAUGCCGGACCAAGUGGUGGCGCGUGGUCUUGCGUUCGUGAUCUUUCAAAGUUAUACAAAACCUUCGCCGCUAGCUUUCAAGAUCAAUUCACCACUGGAAAGGGAGCGACCGAAGGUUCUCCCUUUAAACAGGUUCCGCAUCUCACUUCCGCUAAAAUUCCUAUGGAUCAACCCUCAAGGAAUGAGCUAUCAUAUGCACUCGGAUGGGGUAGAGCCCAGCUUCCUAACCGGCUAGGUCAGAUCGGAAUCAAUCCUGACCUGAUGCCCGACGGGAUGCCUCUUGCUGGGAAAGGCGUUCCUUCGCAGCUUCUUCUUUUCCACCAGGGUAGCCUUCCUGGCGCCCUCGCACUUGUGAUUCUACUUCCAGACACUGAUAAUAUUAUCAUUGUUUUGUCGAACUCGCUAGCCCUAAAUGAUGUUCCUGACUGGGCUGGCCAACUCGUUCUUGAAGAGCUCCUUGAGGUCCCGAAAUCCGAAAGAAAUGAUUACAUCAAAGCAGCUCAUUCAUCCGUCGCUGAAAAUCUGAAGUGGUAUCCUGCACUGGUAGGGGAGCUAGCCUUGGCUCGGAAGAAUGGAACAUCACCUAGAGAACUUGAGGUGUAUACUGGGACUUACCGGGAUACCAUUGAUGUCUUCAAGAUUGUUGUGGAUUUGGAGGACAACCAGCUCUACUGGAGGCUGCAAGGGCUUGAUUCGGAGAAGUUUCCACUUGAACACUAUGAAGAUGACACCUUCACAUGGCUACUUCCACGCAACGAGUUAUCUAGACGCGGCCGCUGGGUGGGCUCGGACCAAGGGCCAGCAUUCUGGAAAGCAAUAUUCCAAUGCAGCGACGGUGGGCACAUUGACAAGUUAUAUUGGGCACACGACAUCGGCGUCCCACCAGUGGAGUUGACAAAAGAGUAA